AUGGAGGACUCAAGCCCGUCCAGCAGUGUCGACGUGGACAAAGGCUUUGCCAUUGCCUUUGUUGUUCUUCUGUUUGUAUUCCUGAUAGUGAUGAUUUUUCGCUGUGCCAAGUUGGUGAAGAAUCCCUAUGAGCCCAGCUCCACAAUCACAGAACCAUCUCUGAGCUGA